ACUUCCUCCCUCCCCUCCUUUUCUCCCCACUGCCACCACUCCCUCCCCACCAACGCCGCGGCCGCCGCCGCUGCCACUAAACUCCGAGAAGGUAUGACCCUCUCCGGCGGCGGCAGCGCCAGCGACAUGUCCGGCCAGACGGUGCUGACGGCCGAGGACGUGGAUAUCGAUGUGGUGGGCGAAGGGGACGAAGGGCUGGAGGAGAAGGACAGCGACGGCUGCGGCUGCGAGAGCCCCGCGGGGCCCCCCGAACUGCGCCUGGACGAGGCGGACGAGCAGCCGCCCCUGGCGCAGCAGCAUCAGCAGCCCCAGCAGCAGCAGCCCCUGUGCCUCCCCAAGGAGGCGGCCCCGGCGGCGGGGGGGCGACCCAGCGGCGGCAGUCCGGCCGAGGCGGACGGCAAAGGCGGAGGGGGAGGAGGUGGAGGGGGAGGUGGCGAGGAGAGCGGCGGCGGGGGCGGCUGCAGCAGCGGCGGGGGCGGCGGGGCGGCCGCGGGCCUGGCCCCCAGCAAGCCCAAGAACAGCCUGGUGAAGCCUCCCUACUCGUACAUCGCGCUCAUCACCAUGGCCAUCCUGCAAAGCCCGCAGAAGAAGCUGACCCUGAGCGGCAUCUGCGAGUUCAUCAGCAACCGCUUCCCCUACUACCGGGAGAAGUUCCCCGCGUGGCAGAACAGCAUCCGCCACAACCUCUCGCUCAACGACUGCUUCGUCAAGAUCCCCCGGGAGCCCGGCAACCCGGGCAAGGGCAACUACUGGACGCUGGACCCGCAGUCCGAGGACAUGUUCGACAACGGCAGCUUCCUGCGGCGGAGAAAGCGCUUCAAGCGGCACCAGCAGGAGCACCUGCGCGAGCAGACGGCGCUCAUGAUGCAGAGCUUCGGCGCCUACAGCCUGGCCGCGGCCGCGGGCCCCUACGGCCGCCCCUACGGGCUGCCCCCGGCCAGCGCCUACCCGCACCCGGCCGCGGCGGCGGCGGCGGCGGCGGCGGCGGCGCUGCAGUACCCCUACAUCCCGCCCGUGGGGCCCAUGCUGCCGCCCGCCGUGCCGUUGCUGCCCUCGGGGGAGCUGGGCCGCAAGACGGCCGCCUUCGGCAGCUCACCCCUCAGCCCGGGCCUGCAGCUGCAGCUCAACAGCCUGGGCGCCGCGGCUGCCGCCGCCGCAGCCACCUCGUCGCUCAUCAAGGCCGAGCCCAGCAGCCGGCCUUCCUUCAGCAUCGAAAACAUCAUCGGCGUGUCCGCAGCGGCCGGGGGCUCGGCCGGAGGCGGCAGCCCGGGCGGCGGCCCCGGCGGGGGCGCAGGUGCUGGGGCUGGCGGAGGCGGCCCGGGCGGCCCGGGAGCCGGGGCGGGCGGCGGCGUCGCGGCGGCGGCGGCGGCUCAGACUUUCCUGCGGCCGCCCGUCUCGGUGCAGUCGGCGGCUCUCAUGGCCACGCACCAGCCCCUCUCCCUGAGCCGGACCACGGCGGCCAUCGCGCCCAUUCUGAGCGUGCCCCUCUCCGGACAGUUCCUGCAGCCCGCAGCCUCGGCGGCGGCCGCGGGACAGGCCAAAUGGCCGGCUCAAUAGUAGCCUCCGUUGCCCCCGCCCCUGACCCUCCCUGGCCGGCCCUAGGGGCCCGAGAACUUGAGCUCCAGC